AUGUCGACUCCUGUGCUACACUACUUCGGCUUGGGAAGCCUCGGAAGAGGGGAAAUUGUCCGGCUGUUUUUGAGGGAGCUUAACAUCGAAUACGAGGACAAGUUCUACGUCUACGAUGAUACAUGGCCAUCCAUCAACAAGUCCGCGGGCAUUAGUUUGACUGGUACAUUACCCGUCCUGGAAAUAGAUGGCCAGAGGCUUUACCAGCAUCUCGCCAUUCUCCGAUAUCUCUCCCGUCGUGCCGGUGCAUACGAUGGUGAGACAAACUAUGAAAAGUAUCUCGUCGAUGCUGUAGCUGACAUCUACAAUGACUGGCGAACUGGCUGGGUUGCCCAAUUGACCGCGAAGAAUUCGGAUUAUCAGACCACGCAUGUCAAGAAAUUCCAAGAUCUCUUCACUGAUUUCUACUCUCGGGAUGCUCGUGGCCCUUAUCUUUUGGGUGACAAGCCAACUUAUGUCGACUUUGCAGUCUUUCAGGCCCUUGACAACGACGAGUGCAUUGGCUGCAGCAGUGAUACACUGUCAGAGCCAUUGAAGAAAUUAAGGGAGGCUAUCCUUGCCCGUCCUAAUGUCGAACGCUACUUGGCUGAGCGGGCAGCGGCCAAAUAA